AUGCCGACAAAGAGACGUGGCACGCUGACGGUUAAAUGAUCAAACCCGUCGAGUCGUCUCUCUCGGUGAAGCAAGCAGAGGAGGCAGGAAGCCACGACAUUUAUCACAAUCUGGACCAGAGAAAAUGGCUUCAAAUAAUAAUAAUAAUGCAGCCGGCAAAUGGGAGGUGGUGAAGAAAGGGAAGAAGAACAGCAGCAGCGCAGGAGGAGGCAAGAACUCGUCCGACAAGAAGCCCGGCAGCAGCGGGGGAGGAGCCCUGGGCGAGUCCAACCAGCCGUCCAGACUGCCCCUGGUGAUGUCUGAGACUCUGUAUGACGGCUUUGAGAAGAUGGCAAAGAAACAGAACAAGGAGCAGGUUCCACCACCAGCCGAGUCCGAAAAUAAGAAGCCCUCAUCAAGUAAAACAUCCAAGAAAUCACACUCCAGCAGUACCGUCACCCCGGCAACACCCAAGACCCUUGAGGAAGCCUUCAAAACUUUGGAUGUUGGGGACCUGAAGCAGCAGUUGGCUCGCAGUCAAACCUUGUUCCCAGAAAACCCAUCAGUGUGGGUCAAAGACCUGGCAGGAUACCUCAACCUCAAUCUGACUGCGCCAGAGGCUGAGCCCACACUCAGCAGCUAUGCUCACGAUUACCCAUACUGCCUUUCAGGAAAAGAGCUGAAGGGAGUGAUCAAAGGUCUCAUCGGACGCUGCAGUGAUGUUCUGCCAGAUUUCUUCGACCACUGUGUUUAUACUAUGCUCAGGGAGCUGGACAGACAGCCAGGAGAACCUCUUCAUGGCUACAGAGUUUGCAUCCAGGCAAUCCUACAGGACAAACCCAAGAUCGCCACCCAGAACCUGCCAGAAUAUUUGGAUUUGCUGCGAUCAGUUCAGAAUCGUCCAGUGAAGUGUUUGACCAUCAUGUGGGCUCUUGGCCAAGCUGGAUUUUAUGACCUCAGCCAGGGACUAAGAGUGUGGCUGGGUAUCAUGCUUCCUGUGCUGGGAGUGAAGUCCUUGUCUUCAUAUGCCAUUGCAUAUCUGGAGAGACUUCUCCUGCUUCAUGCAAACCUGACAAAGGGAUUUGGCAUCAUGGGUCCUAAAGAGUUCUUUCCUUUAUUAGAUUUUGCUUUCAUGCCCAAGAACGCCCUGUCAUCAAGUCUUCAGGAGCAGCUGAGGCGUCUGUACCCUCGACUGAAGGCCCUUGCAUUUGGAGCCAAACCCGAGAGCACAUUGCACACAUACCUGCCAUCAUUUCUGUCCAGAGCCACACCAAACUGUCCAGAUGACAUGAAGAGAGAGCUGCUCAGCAGUAUGACGGAGUGUUUGUGUGUGGAUGUCCAGAGUCUAGGCGUGUGGAGGCAGCUCUAUACCAAACACUUACCCCAGUCCAGCCUGCUGUUGAACCAUUUAUUUAAGUCCUGGAAUAUCCUGCCACCAAAGCUCCGGAAAAACCUUGAAGAGACAGUCCAGUCUUUCAGAGUGACUAAUGAAGAGAUGAAAGAUGCCGUCGAAUCUCAGGAGCUUCAGGACUGCAAUAACCUGUGCCAGAAUCUGCAGGUGAAGAUGCGUGGUCGUGGGUUCCCCUGGUCCAAACUGCUCAUGGUUUUGCUUGUGUUUGUCGCCGGCUUCAUUGCUCAUGACAUCAGAUCUCAUGGCUCCUUUGCAGAUUCCACCACAGCCCUGCAUCUGCGCAACUCAGGGGUCACAGCCGUGUCUCAGCAGGCCUUGAGCAAAAUAAAGGUCUACUCUACACAGGCCUUUAGCUGGUUGGAGACGAACACUCCUCAUUAUUACUCUGAGUGUGCACGCGUUUUGGGGCCACUAAUGGACAAAGGUUUGGAAAAGACUAAAACAGCAGCCAUCUUCAUCUCUGAAAACACCACACAGUUUAUUCUCUGGGUCAAAGAAAAGACACCACAGGCCAUAGAAUGGGUGAACACCAACACCCCCGACAGUGUAUUCCAGGUGUUGGAGUAUUUAAAGGAGCUGCUCCUCUCACUCCAUCAGAACUACAUCUUGCCGGCGUUGGCGUAUAUAUCUGAACUGCUACAACGAGCGUGGACCAACCUACAGGACUCCUGCAAUGGUGAGGUGUCCGUAUCGUGUCUGCAGGGCCACGCUGUGACCUUCACCAACACAACGUGGCAGCUGCUCCAACACACAACGUCGGCCAUUAAGACGUGGGCUCAGGAGCUGCUGACACGGGCCUGAUGACAUCACAGAUGCUGACUAAUUUACACACAUAAUAUAAACACAUAAAAGUAUAUAUACAGAUACACACACACACACGCACACUGACCUAGUCUGAGGCUGCCUGUCAGUGCACUGGCUCUCAAGCCAUGAUUGGACGCUGUGGGGUCAGACAAACAAACUCUCACUCAAAAGGACCCAUCUAUCUCUUGUUUUGGUUCAAUUUUUUAAAUCAUUUUGAUAUUGUAUAAUUUUUUUUUUCUACCAAUCUUUUUUUUCAAAGCUGGACGCACAGGUCUUCUCUCUUUCUCUCUCUGUCUCUCUCUCUCGCUCUCCCUGAGUUUUCUACUGCAAAUUUCAGCGGUUGCAGAUUGUGUAAUUUAUAGAAAAUGUAGGUUUGUAGAUGAUUUAUAAACCAUUUUUAUUUAAAGAUAUAUAUAUAAAAAAAGUAUUAUGUGAAAACUUUGGUAAAGGGCAGGGAUAAGACCAAAAAAGAUAUUCCAGACUUUUCCAAGCCACUGAAGACCUCAUCUGAGGGCCACUUCAUCACUCUGAAAAAUCAGAUGCAGAAUGUUUGUGUGUGUCAUUCUCAGUAAAACCCUCAUCAAACCUGAGACUCUUUCCAGUGGGCAGCUCACAAUAAAAGGUCUUCAACAGAAACGAUAUUGUGGUCAAGGGUCACAACUGCUGGUGGAUUGACUCCGUCAGAAGGUUUAGAGCUGAGAGCUCGACCCAGAAGGAGGCUCACAUCUGUCUAAAAGAUCCAGAAGAAGAAGAAGAAGAAGAAGAAGAAAACUACCUGCUGUCUUGUCUGUCUGUCCUGCACAUCUCCUUGUCUCGUCUUUGCUAGGUUUAGAGCUGAGAGCACGACCCAGAAGGAGGCUCACAUCUGUCUAAAAGAUCCAGAAGAAGAAGAAGAAGAAGAAAACUACCUGCUGUCUUGUCUCUGUCCUGCACAUCUCCUUGUCUCGUCUUUGCUGCUUUGUCAUCCUAGUUUCUUGUUAGUUUUCAUUUGCUGUUCAGUAGCUCAACACCUGAGAUAAAACGGCAGUUGUAUUCUCAUACUUGAAGGCUGACUAUAUUCUGUGUGGAUCAUCAAGCUUAUUCUAAAUAGUGUGAUGAUGAUUAACCCUGUGCCAACAUCCUCCUCUACCCCAGAGAAUGAAGAAUAAACCUCCUCAUCUGGGGAAGGUACACAUUUCUGACCAGCUGAUUCACUAACCCUUAUUUGUAAACAGGAUUAAUGAUGGAUAUGGCCGUGAAUAAUGUCUUACUUUGUAAUGUAAAUGAUUUCUAAUAAAUAAUUCA